AUGCCUUGCUUGGCGAAAGAGUUCCACCCCAAGCUGCCCGCGGCCAACCACUACUGCAAGUCCUUGUCGUCGCUCAUCCGGGAGACCUACGCGCACUGCCAUGUCCCCUGCGUCAGGAUCCCCGCCGGCGCCGGGUGGAGCUCCGGCGAGGACAGCGACGACGACAGCGUCCUCGACGAAGCGCAAGACACCAAGCAGGUGAUCCUCAACGAGAUGAGGAACCGGCAGAUGAAGAAGCGGUCCAGGUGCAGCGUGGACUCGCCGACGCUGCCUCUGUCGUCGAGCUCUGCUUUCGCCUGGUCGUACACUCCGCUCGAUCCAAGAACCGUCCUCGACAAGGUGUCAAGUCCCAAGACGUGCGUCGUGGUGGAGGGAGCAGCGGCCGAGGAGAAGGAGGAGGAGGAGGAGGAGGCAGCCGACGAUGAGGGCGACUGCGACGCGGACGACGAGAGCGAGGCGUUCUUCUCCGUGAAGAGCUUCUUCACGCGCAGCACGAGCCGGGCGGCGACCGUGGCGUCGUCGGCGUGCAUGAUGAUGAUAGACCCGCCCCCGCCGACGUUGAUGCGGUCGCCUGAGGCCUGGGAGCGCUUCCAGGACUUGGAGGGGUGGCCGUUCGGGCUGUGCCGCCGGCCGGCCGGCCGUCCCCCGCUGCCGCCGCUGCCCAGCACGCCAGCCGACUCGUGGAAGUGGCGCAAGAGCGUCAGUAGCCUCGCCGCGAGCCCAACUCCUGCUUACAGACACAAAAUCACUCCUGCUAGCAGUAAAUAA